AUGAGCCAUCACUCCACAGGAGAAUAUUAUUCUCAACCGUCGGGUGCCGAUCAUCAUCAACAAGCUUUGGAACGAAGAGCACUUUUAGGCGCUGAGGGCCAAGAAUACAUUCUCACCAGGCUGAGCUCUGGAGAUCCUAAAUCAGCGAUUACUUCAUUCCAGAAGCAAUUUUCUUCCUUAUCAAGUGCCGCAGUUUCGUCGAGCAUUCCUCCUAUUCUUGAGUUAACCGAUCUUCUCAAUGUUCAACGUAACAACUUGUUCUUUGGCUUGAUGAAUCACUUGAAGAAGAUUCUUCUUGAUAAAAUCGAAAAUGAAAACGAACCAAUUCAAGAGGAAGAAUUGUUGGAACAAAUUUUCCCAUAUAUUGGAUUUGAAGAGUUGCGUCCGAUUGUGUAUACACUCUUGAAGAGAAUGGAGCAAAUUCCGGUUACCUUUUUGCAACAACUUCAAGGGAAUACUGAGAUUUUUAAAAAUCUUCCGAUCGAAGUGAAAAGACAAGUUUGGGUCAAUGAUGAGAAUCUCUUCAUCAAACACAUUUCUACUCUUCUGAAGAAGUAUGAUGUGCCACAGAUUCAUCGAACCGAUUUACUAUCUGGCUAUAAAAUUGAUCCAAAGAAAAAGAGAGAGAAGAAUCAAACUCUAACUAGUAUGAUUAACAUCUUAGGAAAAGACCCUAUUCUUUAUCAUAGGGUUCUAGGCUAUUGCAGAAGCCAACUCUUAACGACUGGCAGUAGACACUUUUGUACAUUUAGAUAUGAUCUCUUGAUGGCUCUUCAUGACAACCAGGUUCAGCAGCUUCACCAAAUGGACAUGUGUCACUAUUUUUGUUGGUGGCUUGACGCGUGGAUUAGAACAGUUCAUGCUAACCUCUUGAACUAUGUCUUUGUAGAGCAUUCUGAUGACAUUCGACAUAAUUUAACAUACUCCAAGCAUACUCCUACACUCGGCCAUUCUGGAUCAAGCGGAUCUUUGACCUCAGGCACAGCAAGUAACGUUGCCAAAACCACUAAAAAACCAAAGAAGGGAGGUAAAACAACUGGAAAAGCGAAAAUCAAAAAAGAAGAGCCUUCCUCCGAGAAUCCACAGUUAGGUCAGCAAGCAUCUGAUGUACUAAAGACAGAUUCCAAGCAGCAAAUUGUAGUUCCUGGUACUGAUACAAGCGAUAACCUGUCACUGAAAGACUUUUUCGAUAUUCGAAGAAUGAAAGAAUUGAGACACUUUUUCGAUAACCUUAGUCCUGAAAGUGAAGUAUGGGGUGAUAUUGCUGUCAUUUGUAGAUCACCUUUCAUAUCGAAUACUCUUCUGCAACAAAUAUUCUAUCUCCUAGAGUUUAUUUAUUCACAACAUCCAAACAUGCCUGCAGAGGCCCUCGAUAAGGUACUGUUGACCAUACCAAUUAAACAAAAGAACAAGAGAAAGGCUACAGAACAGCAACAAGAAGAGAUCUCUUCUUCAAAGAAGAAGACUAAACUUAAAGGAACAAAGGAAACUACGGUUAACACCAACACCAAAGGUACUACUAUUAAGAUUUCUUUUAAACCAUCUGAGUCUGCAUCGUCACCACCACAGGAUGAAACGACCCCAACUCCUGUACCAACUGCAUCACAUACUUCAACAGACACAAGCCCUGUACCAGCAGUCCCUCUUGCUCCUGGUGCAUUACCAGCUUAUUUAUCUUUCCUCGAAGAUGCUCAUAAUGUUAAUGAUUUUGCAGAUUAUUUUGAAACCCUUACUAGAUUGUACUAUGCUGGAGAGAAGGCUCAAUCAAUGCUCAAGGGUAAAAUGCCUUUCCAGUUACCUCCACUUCCAGAUUAUUUGUUUGAAUUUUAUCCAUUUAUUCAGCGAUUAUUGUUUAGCACUGAAUCAACUCCUGGAUCCAACGUCACAAUUGACAUUCCUGCCUUCCAAGAACAAUUCAAAAAGCAUUCAUUGGCAAGAAAACUCUUACUCUUUUCUGUCCUGAGAUUCCAUCAAAACGCCAGAAUUGCUAGCUGUAAUUUACACAGAACAAUUUCCGGCUAUGACAUAAACGAACACCAAGAAUCUCAACCUAAGAGCCAAGCGGAACAGAAAAAGAAAGAUGAUGACAUUGAAAAGUUUAGAGCAAUUGAUACUCCACAUGAUGGUACUGUAUAUGCCACCAAUUUAAACAAGUUUAGAUAUCUCUUUAAGGUAUUGUUCCUCGAAGGAAGCACGACUGAGCUAUCAUUGUUUGGAAAGACGGUCAUUCAACGAGAAUUUAACUUUAUUGACUCUCUUAUUGCAGAUUGUACUCGUCUCAUUAAGGAUAUUCAUCAAUAUUCUAUUCCUGUGCUUCUUUCUGGUAAUAUUAAGUGGUUUUUCACUACUCAACUUUCUGAAUUGGUGGACAGUUAUUCAAUGCUAUUUGAAAACUUUGUCAUUCCAUACAUUUGUUUCACAAAGCAAGAAAGUUUAACAUUCCAAAUCAGCGUUAGCACAUGUUUGAAGGAGAUUGCAUCUCUCAGUCAUUUAUUGGGAUCCAUUCUUCUCACUGUUCCAAAAGAGGUAUUUGCUAUGAGAGAAAAGAAGGAUGAUGAAGAUAUUGACGAUGAAAACAAGAAAUGCAUUCACUCCUUUGAUGAAUACAAGGAAAAGAUCUUGUCUCUUAAGAACUUUUGCCAAAACAUCUUGCAACAGCUCAAGAAUGUCACUCUUUCAGACUCUCAGCUUACCAAGCUAUUCCAAGCCAUCGAAACGCAACUUGCUAAAGAAUGGAAGGCCUUGCAGAGUGAAACCAAGUCUUUACUCCAAUUGCAACAAGAACAGGAGGCAUUGGAAAAGGCAAAAAAAGAAAAAAUCAAAGAAACUCCCUCCACACCUUCUCCUUUCCCAUUUGCCGGAAAGGUAUUGGCAGGUACUAGUCCUUUCGCUCAACAACUAUCUCCUUUCGGAAAGCCUGUUGCCUUCCCUCAUCCUGGCUUGUCAUCAUUAUCUCCUUCUCAAAUUCCAAAAUUCCAUCAAGUACACACUUUCAAGUCUCCUUCUGCAUCUCCAAAAACUGAACCACCAAGCAGCUCUCAAACCAAAACUGAAUCAGAUCACAAAAUGGAUGAAAGUAACGUGUAA